GACUGCAGUACCCAUUUUAAACACUAGGUGUCAGAUUACAUUGCUCCUUUAAGGGUCCUGAACAGACAGUCCAGUGCUGCACACUGAUGUUCUUUUCACCUUUGUCACCACCAGAGGGCGCCAAAGUGUUUAAAGGAAAUAAAAACUAGAUCUCAUCUUUAUCUGUGGCUCCUGUUCUGAUCUGUGAAGAAUAUGUUCCCCCUGCUGGCCUCUUAGCCGUUCUGUUCCUGCUGCAGCCACUUUUACUGAGGGGACCAAACUGGGGGUUGUUUUGUCAGAGAGGAACAUUAAACUCUCGUGAAAAAAGAAAAUGAUGCCAGAAAACAUCUUUAAAAACAUGAUUUAUAUUACUUUCAGUAUUUAAUAUUAGAUUGUGAGUCACUGUGUAUGUGUUAUUAGGGGGGGGGUCUUCCUUUUGGAGGGGGGGCCACAGGGGGGACCCUGUUGGCCCCUGCUGGCCCCCUGUUGGCCCCUGUUGGCCCCUGCUGGCCCCCUGUUGGCCCCUGCUGGCCCCCUGUUGGCCCCUGCUGGCCCCUGCCUUAAAUUUAAUAGAAAAUACAAAAUGAAGACAAAAACAUCAAACUGUUUAAAGUUUAGUUUUCAGGCUGCAGGACUUCAGUUCCCCCCACCCCAACUCUGAAAGUUUCCUCUUGUUGCUAGGAGCGGCAGCCUCUCUCAGCGCGUCCUCUGAUUGGUCCACAGCCCAUCACCUCGAGCCAAUCAGAAGCCAGUGCGUCCGCCAUGAGAAUCCAUAAUGUGUCCCUCUUUUUGUUUUUAUUAUCUGUAAUUCUUAAGAAAUGAACGAGGAGAUCAUCAGAGACCUUCAUCAUGGAUUUCUGUUUUCAUCAUCAUCAUCAUCAUCAUUAUUAUUAUUAUUUAUUUAUUUAUUUAUAAAUAUUAUUUCUUAAUGAAAAACAAACAUGGCGUCUCGUCUGAAUCAAUCUGCUCGUUUGGUGUUUCUGAUCGUUUCCGUCCUGACUGAAGCCUCACACUGUCGGUUCCUGAGCAGCGGGAGUCUCGGUGCCGUUACCGGAGGGAGACUGUAAUGGCGGAGCUGUGAAGUUUAACGAACACAGACACGAGCGGUUUCCGGUUUUAGUAAAAUGCGGACCUUCAGAAUAAAACACAAAACUGUGAGAACAGAAGGCCAAAGUGUUUUUUUUUUUUUUUUUUUUUUUUUCUCUGCCAGAGGUACGGUGGCUGGGAGGUGCAAACCACAAUUAUUACCACAUAUUAUUUUAUGUUUCAUUAAACAAAAUGACAAAAUUAAAAAACUUUAACCAAGGAUAAACACAUAAAACCACAUUAACAACAUGUGAAACACUUUACAGACGGUUGAGAAACAUUUACAAACGACAGAAUGCAGAUAAGAGAAUUUACCAAAUGCCAGAAGUGACCCUCAAAGGAUUGAGUGAGCGAUCGAGUCUUUAGUUUUGAUAGAAAGACUUUAUGUUGACUGUCUCAGGUGGGUCCCUGAAAACAUACCAAACAGAAUUCGACCCCCUUAAACUCUGUAUAACGUGUUUCACACAGUUUUUAAUGCCGUCUGACCCCAACUUAACGUGUAAAGAGGCCUGAACUCAUUCAUUCAUAUACUCAUUCAUACGGAAUAUUCUGACAUUGUUGUCAAAACUGCAGCUCAGCUGAUCUAUUUUUUUGUACAUUUUUAAAUUUUCUUUUUUUAUUUAAAUUGUGCUGUGUUCACUUUUUGUUUGCCGUCUUUGCUCUUUGCUGCUGUAACAAUGUACAUUUCCCCGUUGUGGGAUAAAUAAAGGAUUAUUUUAUCUUAUCUUACAUGGGAAUAUAUGGAACAUAGCGCCCUCUAGUGGCUACAGGAGGCGUGUCUGUGUAUUAUAACUACAUGUUUUUUUUUACGUGAUUAAAUAUGUGACCCAAACAACUUUCAUAUCGAAUACUAAGAAUGAAACGUCUCGUCUUAAAUUAAAGUCACUCUUUAGGUUCUGACGGGCUUUUAUUUUGAAACAAGCACACGCUGGAGAGGGCGGAAGUGUAUUGUCCCUUUUCGCGGGAGCUUGACGUGUCGCUCGCGCUGAUGGCGGCGGGGCUGGCGGAGGGUCACACCGAGGAGGGAGAGCAAGAAGGAGGGGAACGGGAGAACCGGCGGUACCGAUCACCGACACACCGACACACGAACAACAUCCAGGCCGACGAGAGAGCAGCUAGACCGGCGCGCUGACACCGAGCAGCCCGGUAACGGACGAAUGGAGCAGGACGGAUCUUUUAUUGGCCUUCGUCUCUCUCCAGCUGCAGUCAGUAUCAUAGUAUGAAGCUACAGUAGUCAAGGUGUUACCUGUUUGAUAAAUCACAGUAAGGACCCUAACAGUUCUUUAGUCAAGGUGUUACCUGUUUGAUAAAUCACAGUAAGGACCCUAACAGUUCUUUAGUUAAGGUGUUACCUGUUUGAUAAAUCACAGUAAGGACCCUAACAGUUCUUUAGUUAAGGUGUUACCUGUUUGAUAAAUCACAGUAAGGACCCUAACAGUUCUUUAGUCAAGGUGUUACCUGUUUGAUAAAUCACAGUAAGGACCCUAACAGUUCUUUAGUCAAGGUGUUACCUGUUUGAUAAAUCACAGUAAGGACCCUAACAGUUCUUUAGUCGAGGUGUUACCUGUUUGAUAAAUCACAGUAAGGACCCUAACAGUUCUUUAGUCAAGGUGUUACCUGUUUGAUAAAUCACAGUAAGGACCCUAACAGUUCUUUAGUCAAGGUGUUACCUGUUUGAUAAAUCACAGUAAGGACCCUAACAGUUCUUUAAACACUCUCAGUGCAUUUUGGUGCUAACUGACCUAACACCAAAGCCUUAGCUCGUGAACUUCUUAGUAUGACUGUUGCGGGGGCAUCUGGGGGUCUCUAAGUCCUGAGUUUGUCUCUGUAACCUUUCUGAGUUAUGAGCUCAGUAUUUCUUUAUCAAACGACCAUAUUGAAACUGCCAGGCUAGCCGCUGUUUUACUGUGAAAUCCAACAAACAAAACAUUUCACCUGGUCUGAAAAUGUAGAUUUGUUUGAGGCUAUUUCUGGUGAGAAGCUAACAAGCUAGCACGUUAAAAUUCAAUCCAAACCAAACACAGAAAUUCAACUAAAACAUAAAAACCUAAAAAAAAUGUAGUUGGUUCCCUCCAAGGUUAAGUGUUUUGCAGCUAACAGCUUGUUAGCUGCUAGUGGCUAGAAGUAACAGGUAGCGGUGGCGCGGGGCUAGCUGCGGGCAUUGCAGGGGCGCGAUGGAGUACCACUCCGGUGGCAGCCUGCCCCUGCUGGGGAGACCGCGGUACUGCCCAGGGGCCAACGCUAAUGGAGGGUACCUGUGUGAGACGGGACACUGCUGUGGAGAGACCGGCUGCUGCACCUACUACUACGAACUCUGGUGGUUCUGGCUGCUGUGGACGGUCCUCAUCCUGUUCAGCUGUUGCUGUGCAUACCGACACCGACGAGCCAAACUGAGGGUUCAGCAGCAGCAGAGACAACGAGAGAUCAGCCUGCUGGCCUACCACGGAGCCAACUCCUAUCCCUCCUCCAUGCUGGACCUAAGUUUUCUGGCGUCUCUGAAGCUGCCUUCCUAUGAGGAGGUGGCUGCACAACCCUCCACCCCUCCUCCACCCUACAGCUCAGUGUUUACCACCCCACGUUACCCACAGCCACCCCGCACCUCCGACCCCCACCUGCUGACGCAGCACGGUCCGCUGCUACACCAGACGCUCAGCGAUGGUCCAUCUUCUUUCAGCUCUGACAACAGCUCCAGUUGUUCUUGUGACUCCUGCUGCCCCUCCUCACCUUGUAGCUCCUCCCUUUCUGCGCCUGUCACAUAUGAGACUGACACCAGCCACGCCACAACCCCUAGCGAGGCGGCACCCCUCACUCUUGAUGUCACCAUGGAGACUAUUGCCGCGGCGGCAAACCGUUUGGAGGUAAAUCGGACACGAUUUGAGUCUGAGAGGACUGCUACCACUGUGGACAUUGACAUGGGCGAUGAAGUUUCUUCUGGGGCACAGGAACCUAUCGCCACGGACUCAUCAGUUCCCAAACAGACUGUUACCGUGGCGCUUGUUAACAAAGCAGUCCCCCCUCAUCCUCUGCCCUCUCCUGGAUCAGAGGUGGCUCUUCCAGUUGAAACUUCAUCUCCUCUAAAGCUAGACCUAGCACCCUGUCCCCCAACAGUAAGCAAAUGUAGCUCAAGUACACUCCCUAGUCCAAGCGUUGACACAACACUCACCUCCAACCAAACAAUAAGCAUUGUGAACCUGACUAACUGCCUUCAAACAAGUCAUUCACCUAUAACCACCUCAACGACAGAUUGCUCAACCCCAACAGCUUGCAAUUCUGACAUCUCUUCAGUCACCCAAACCCUCAAAACCCUUGAUCUGACAAGAACUUUUGAUACAGCCAAUAUUCCAAGUAACACAUCAGUACCAUCCCCAGAUUUUGAAAGAAUGUUAGCCGUCAUGGCAGUUUCUCCUGGUCUCUCAAUUGAAGACCCAAAUCCUAGCUUUGUGCCAAUCCCAGCAUCUCCAAACUUUACACAAGCUAAAGCUCCUGAACCUUCCAACCAUACCCAACCUUCACCUGAUGCAGUACCUUCACAUUUGAUUACAGAUCCAGACCCAUUAACUUCAAACCUUUCAGAAGUACCAGUCCCAAUAAUCACACACCUUGCCCAAAAUACAGACCUAGAACCCUCAAACCUUACCCAAAAGUCGGUCCCAGUAACUACAAACCUUAGGCAAGCAACAGAUGCAAUACCUACAAACUUUACCCAGGAUACAAAUCUAGUAUCAACAAUACAUGCCCCCCCUUCAAACCAAGUACUAACAGCUGUUACCCAAGCUUCAGACAAAGUACCUUCAAAACCUUCCCUAGUGCCAAAUAUCCAACUUAAAAGCCCCGAAGUCCUAGACUGUGAACCUAACCCCAUUCUAGCUCCAAGUCAUGCACAGCCAAACCCUAUCCUAGCCACAGAUGCAGCUCCAACUUCUCUUUCAUUAACCCAUAACCAGAUUUCAGAACCGUCCCAUGGGUCAGAUCAAGUUUUGGGUAUCACAAGAUUAAGGUCAGACUUGCCCCAGCACCCAGGACCUGUUGCUGUUCUUGUGUCUUGUCAAGAUCAAACCACAGUGCCAGCCACUUCAGGCCCUUCUCUAGUCCUGCCUCUUUCGUCAGGGUCAGACCUCAUCUGUCACUCACCAUUAAGCGUCCAGACUGGUUUAAGGACUGGAACUGGACUCUCCACUCCUUCUCCAGUUCUCAGCUUUACAACACAAGCAGCCUCUUCUUCCUCCUGCCCAGCCAUAACCAUAGAAGCUGAUGUUUCUUAUGCUCCCUGUCAGUCUCCCCCAACAGUCCUUUACCCAUCUUCACCCUCACCCCCAUCACUCCCCUCGCCUCCUACCUCCCCCCCAGCCCCAGCCUUACUCCUGGACCCCCUCACUGCUCUGCACCAGUCAAACAAAGGUGGAUCUUCUUCUGGCCAUGCCUCAUCCCUCUCCCCCUCGCCACGUGCUACUCAGUCCCCUCCCAAACAGACUCUGUUUUCCCCCUGUGUGGACAUCUUUGAACCAGAACCCAGCUGGGAAGAUGGGGAGGAGGACCAGGAUCAGAAGGACAAUGAUGAUGAAGAUGAGGAUAUUGGAGCAGAUGAGAGCCAGUAUAGACAUCGGCGACUUACAGGUGACUCUGGGAUUGAGGUGUGCCGGUGUCGGAUGGAGGAUGAGGAAGAGGAAGAAGAGGAGAAGGGGGAAGGGAUGGAGGAUGACAGCAGAGGUGGAGUGGAGAGAGAUAAAAAAGGAGGUGGAAACACUGAUCUACAUGACAGUGUGGACUGCCCUGCCAGAAGUCACAUUACUGCAGAAGAAGGUUUACUUUGUAACUCAACCUCCACCACCACAUCAACAUCUGAGGACAGUGGCAAAGCUGUUGUUGUCAUGGAGACAGUAUGAUUUAAUGACGUAGACGGAUCAAACGAUUUGUUGCCCAGACGCUGGAAGAACUAAAUUGAAUGUAAGAUUCCACCUAUCGACACCGUUUUAUGAAAUGUUCUGAAAACUUGGGAAGUUUUGAACACAGAUGAUGGAAACGAGUUAGUUCACAUCGAUAAAUGUUGGUUGUUCAGCAUUUGUUAUUCAAGUGACUUGCCAUAGAUGUUUAAAUGUUUUAUUAGGAACAAAUAUAGCAGGUCAGCAUUAGUCUUUACAAAAUUCUUUCUUCAACAGGAAGUAGGAAUUUAAGUCAGCUGUUGUUUGUAAGGUUUUUUCUAGGUGGGUAUCGGUCUUUUUUAAAGAGAAGCAUUAUUCAGAUUGCAUCAUGGGUUAAUUCAAUUUAACCACUAUUGCACAACAGAGCUGUUAUCACUUGUAUGUAAAAUAUCAAAAAGGACUUCCGCCUCCAUUGAGUUGCAUCCACCUUCAUGUGUCAUUUCAAAGUUUACCGAUAAAUAACAUCUAAAGGUUGACAGAACAGAGCUAUCACAGGCAGCUUGUGCUCUGUAGAUUAAAUUAGUGAUGUUCUCCAUCAGAGUAAAUAGUCUAAGUACAGACAGUCAAAGUCACAAAACUCCAGGAAAAACCCCUUUACCCCUCUCAAAUUCUCCUGGAAUUGCUGUAAAAACUAAAUUCUUAAAUUUUCUAGCACUCACACUUAAAACCGGCAUUAUUUAGAUCCAUAACUAUUAGCUUGUCCUCUUGUUCACCUGUCCUCUCCCUAAGGAACUUCUAACCUGCACUCAUGGUUGGUCAUUUAAUCUUAUCACACGAUGUGAUUAACCUGCAUACACAGAAAGUUAGACAUCGACAACGAUAAUGCAGUGGAAGUUAGAAGUCGUACUAGCAACAGAGAAAAUCAGAUUUUUCUAAAUUCCGUGUUUUCAACUUCACACUUAAUAUUGCACAAGUGCAACAAAAAGGGAUUCAAACUUAGACGUAAAACAUGAAUUAAAAUGUUGUUCAAGGUAAUUUGAGGGAAAAUAAGAUGGAUAUAACAUGGGAUUUGCCAAUACUGCAAUUUUAUAUCCACCUUAAGUGGUGCAAAGACGUUGACAGAAAGACAUAAAUGUUGGAAUCAUUUUCAAGCUUCAGGUGCGCCAGACGGAUUUUUCUGUCCUCGAUUGCAAUGACAUGUUAAUUCCUACAUCUGUUUGUCAAAACGACUUUAAAUAGUUGACGUUUAGCCGUGGACAUCUGACUUUGUCCUGUGAGAUGACAGAGAUUUGGAAACGUGCCGGGACGAAUUGGCUGUUUAGGAAAUGAAAUGAGUCUUAUGUAGGAGGAUGAUUCACUGUGACUGACAGAGGGAAGACUGAUUCAUUGAUAAGUGGAGACGUAUUUAUGAAGACGUCUGUCAGGAGAGCGGAAUUAAGUGGGUAGUUUAUGAAAAAGAAGAAAUUUCUCGGAUUUAGGGUGUUCAUAGCAGCUUGAUCCUAUAUGGAUGGCUGCAGGGGGGGACGAGACAUUUGGCUUUCUGUGCGUCAGUCUUUCGGCAGAGAAAAGCUUUUUUCAUAAAGCGGAAUCAACAAUGGGCACUUCAGGACAGAAACAAAGCAGCAAACAAACUGAGAGAGCGCGUCACUAUACCCGUCUUUGUCUCUUUCUCUGAAUUUGAGGUCAGAUACGACAACGUGUCAAAGAUAAAAUAGAUUCAGUCACCGUCUAAGCCCUCCAGUUUUCCCUUUCAGAAUCCACAAAAUGAUAAUAAGUGAUAAAUUGAUGGACUUAAUUAACAUCACCCAACACAACAUGUAUUUCUGUUACAGAAUGGGAAAAAAUGAAUUUAGGAAGUUGUAAUAUAUCGAUCUUUUUGUCCUUUCAGAUUGAUAGACAAGUUGAUAUUUUGUGACAAAAAGACAUAUAACAAACAAUAUAACAAAAAGAUUAUAUUUUGUCAAUGAACGAGUUAUUAACAUCUGUGUAGUACAUGCUGGUGUAUUUUAAAUCACCUGAGAUUACAAAAUGAGCAAUUAGCAAUAUUUUUCAUCAUCAAGGGUCUUUGUGUAGAUACCCCGCCCUUCCCCCAAAAGCCUUGACAGCAAAGAAAGCAAAAUAUUUUCAUGUUUUCAUUUGGACAUGCUCAAAUCGGGUCUGCGAGGCUUUGGCCCAACAGCAGCAGUUAAAUGAUUGUUAGAGCUGGUGCCGUGUUUAUAUAAACGACAAAUCAACACUUUGAGAAAAUAUCCCAUCACUCAUUCCCAAUCUCAUCUUUUUAUUGUUUACUGCUUUUCCAAAAUCCUGUUUCAACAAUGAAGAAUGCGCCCCUUUGUUGAGGCAGGAUGCUCCUCAAAUAACUGGAACACAAAAUAUAACAUAGUAGUCAGAUUGUAAUAGCAAGAUUUCUCCUUCUUUCUUACAAAGUGCACUUGUUUUUUGUUUCUUUCUGCCGUCACUGUACACUUGGCAAGUUUCACAAAUGUGUCGUUACAUACCACAUGUAGGAAAAGUUGGAAAGACACCAGAGAGUUGAAUGUGACUCGAGUGAAGACGCAGUGACAUCAGAUUGUAAUGAAACCAGAACUCCUCUAAGAAGAAUGUUCAAAUUGGACACACCAAGUUUUGGCGACUUCAUGUUGGAGGAAAGUGUUGCAUUCAGGUUUCUGUGAAAGUAUGGCAACCACUGAGCAGCAGGGAACCGGUCAACGGACUACUGUCUCCUUCACGGGUACCUUUAAGUCAACCAUCUCCAAUGUGAAGACCCGAGUCUUGUUGAUUGAUCCCUGUACCCUGUGUCAAUGCUGCAUCACAACAUGGACUUCAUGUUCUUGGUUCCCUAUCCUCACAGUUGAUGAUGGGCUGACAGAAGUCACCAUAUGGGUGCCCAUUUUUGACAGAUCUUUGCUGCACCUCAUUAUAACAAAGCAAUGUCCUGACAUGGAAAGGUCGCCACUCAAGUCCAGUUUCAGCAAACUAACCGAUGGAUUGUUGUCUGGACUGCAACAAGCCUUGGCCUUCAGUUUGGAAACCAAUGUCCCAACAAUGAAUUUUAACAUCAAGGGAUAAAAAUGAUCCAAGCUUUUGUUUUUUUAAACCUUAGCGGUCAAAUUCACAUAUCAUGGAAUCUGGUUUUGAGCCGAUGUGGACUGAGGAAAGCUCCAGCUGAUUCUCUGGUGGCAUCUUGGAUUUGUCUCAGACCUUGUAAGAAAUCGACGAGUGCUUCAGCUGAAUCCAGGCCAAUGUUGCAUCCAAUGACUGAGGCUUACAUUUUUUUCACAGAGGUUGAAGGACCUCCUGGAGAAAGCUCAAGGGUGAUACCGAUCCGUUGAUGUUGUGGUUGAUGGUGUUUUUUGUUUACCUUAACUAAUAGGGUUGUAUAUCUCCAUGGUUACAGAGUGCCAUUUCUACUUGACAACUGUUACUACUUAGCAUUAGAUAGAGCUGUUCUCGCUCUGUGUGGAUGUGGACUUUUGACCAGAGUGACUGUGGAAAUGUCUCAAAUCUGUGUUUACCAAAUGCUUUGAAGCCCUGACAUCAGCCACAUAAAAGGAAACUCAGGUGGUUAUGUGACGUCUAGCGGUUCAUUGAGGAUUUUAUCCAAAUAUUCACCGAGCACCAGGAGAGUAUUGACACUGUCUGAAAUAAUUUCCAUCAAUAUUUCUACCAAUCUGGUAUACUCAUAAAGGGAACACCGUCUAACUCCUGGAAGCUCAAACCUGCGAGUUUCUCGAAAGUUUCUUCAAUGAUUACAUCAAAGUAGCAGCAUUGGCAUCAACAGAAUAUCUAAGACUAGAAGAUCUUCCUUUAUUUGAGGCUGAUGUCGGAUAGGCCAAGCGUUUAUCUGCUUUUUCAGUUCAUUUUGAGAUAUCAAGACAAGUAUCUCUGUCACAUUCUGGUGGACAGAACACCCCAACAGAAGAUUCUCACAAAGUGGGUUCACAUUUUCAGGUUUUGGUUUGACCAAAAAAUUAACUCAAGUUAUUAUCCCAAAGCUUUAAACUUACGUUUCUGAUAAAGUAACGUUUUAUUAAUCAACCUCUUGAGGAGUAGAUCCGCUAGCUGUCUGUAGAAGAAGGUCAUAGAUGCUUUUGGUGCAUAAAAGCCCAAGCAAUCUCAAAAUCGGGUCUCAUCUGCAAUUUGCUUAACAGGGUUUUAGUGUCGCCGUUGGUUUAGGAUGUCCUGCCAAGACUUCCUUUGAUGUGCGCCGACAAUGAUUACAGCAACUUAAGAACAGAAACAUGGAGUUGCAGUCGAGGGAAUAUGUCUAAGAGAGGAUUAUCAGCUGCACUUGCAUGUUGAUUUCUGUUUAUGGACGCUGACCAAAGCUUAAUCACUCAAAGAGGUCUGCCAAUGGGUUCAGUUUUUGCAUUUCGGUAGAUUGCACUCCACCUCUUCUGCUCUGAGUCGCAUUCAGUGGAAACAUACAUUUAACCGUCAUUACAUCCCACCGUGAAAGAUUUGGUUGUAAAUUAGAGAGCUGAAACUGGUUCCUGAAAAACUUUUGGAAGCCCGUUUUAUAAUGAAGUUGAUGUUGAUGGUUCCUUUAAUCCGACCAUUUUCCAUUCUGAAACCUCAACAUGUUGAGAAGUUCCUAACCCCUAGCUGGUGGAGAUAUUGACCCGUCAGUCCUCUAUUGGAAACCAAUCCUGAUUGAAAUGUGAACCCAGUCGAAGGUGUAGAAACUCUUGUGUUUGGACUCAUUUUUUUUUACCGUUGAUCAACAUUCACUUGAGCAGCAGCUUCACCUGUCACCAUACAAAGUGUCAUGCUCCUACUGUAGGAGCCCUUUUCUGUCUACAGGAUGUUUUGUAUCUCCUCUCUUCUGUCUUUCCUGUUUGCAUGAGGUUUCUGUCGGAGGAGUCGAAGGAAGCACAGAAGAGAUCAGCCUCUCAAGUCCUCUAAUAUUACAAAGAUGGUAACAAUGCUAAUUCUAAGUAUCAAUACAUUAAUACUGAGUGUGUAUGUGUGGAUGUAUGUGUGUGAUUUAACUAAACCAGCCUGUUCUAAAAGUGUGUGAAGAUAUACUGAAUAAAACUGUCAAAACCUA